CUAAACUCGAUUUGCGAAAAUGUUAGCGCAGUUAAAUUAAACAAAUUAUUUUAAUUGGAGGAAUGUGACUAGAUUUCUCUAUAAAAUUGAUAAAAUUAACAAGAGUUCCAAUCAAAGCAAUCAAAAUGAACAUUUCAUGAGUAAUUAUCGACGUCGGGAGAGUUCGGUGCUAAUUAGUAUUGCAAAAAUAGCGAAUAAUAGUUUUUAAAUAAUAAAUUUAGCAAAAUGGGAAUAUGAUUUGUUCCUAAAUGAAAAUGUAGAAAUAAUUUUUGUUCAAUAAAAAUUCACAAAACGGCGAAACGACAAAGAGCACUUUUUAAAUUACAUUUAUUGAGGUCGCCCGUGUUCCGCAGCGAAAAAAUCUAUAAUUUUUUGAAAGUGGAGCAGAUGUAUGAAAACGAAAAUUGAGACUAGCAAAAUUGAGUGUGAUUCAAUGUUGCAGGAAAAAUGAGACCAAAACAAAAAAUACGAAAAUUCAUUGUUAUGGAAAUGCCGGGAAAUGUAAAGAUAAUUUUUUUAAGUUAAAAGAAGAGGAGGCUGAUGCCUCUUACGGAAUUUGAUAGUUGCUUUCAACUAUAUUGACCAAUGUGGUCCUAAAUGGGUGAACAUUUCUAUCUCACAAAUGGGGGAGUAUGGAAUGGACAGUCGCAGUCAAAAACUCCUCAAAAUGGCAUGUAGUACACAACAACUUGUUGUUGGCGAAAGUGAUGAUGGCAAUCUAGUAGAGGCUAAUAAAUACAAUGAACGAAAUAAUCGGACUGACAACAACAGCAGCAGCAAUGAAACAGCAGAAGUAUAUGAAGUAUUGCAGGCGAACAACAACAACGAUGGUGGCGACAACAAACCGCAAAAUAAUGUAAACAAACUAAAGCCAGCAGCAAAUUCUCAAGUCAUACUACUUACACAACCCCAUACCACCUCAGCAGCGAAUGCUACGAAAGGCGCCAAGGAAGGCAGUGUUAAUGUUGGCGACACCAAUAGCGAUGAUGGCGAACAAGAAAAUAAUCAAACUUUUUAUGAAGCCACAGGAGAACCGGAACUAGUGUUGACAUUGGCUAACACUUUGGAAAUAACAAAUGACGUCACAUCACGACCAGAAACGGCAGCAACACAAUUAGCUCCAACACAGCAAAAUCAUGCUGCCACAAUGAAAGACGACGACAAUGAGGUGAUUGAUGAACAACAAACGCAACUAAAGUUGCCGGCCAAUAACUCCACAGACAAUGAGUGUAUGCCAUCCCACACCGCUAACGUAGCUGCCAUCGUCGGUCUACGCGAUAAUGAUGAUGAUGAAGAGUGUGAAGGCGCUGUUGGCGUGACAUCCAAUGUUCCAACUGAUGUUGAAAUUUAUUCAUCAAAUUUGGAGAAUGAUAUCACAGUCUCAAAAGAGGAAAGCGAGGAGCCAAUUGUGAUAUUGCGCAAGAAAAGGGGAAGAACUUUAAAAGACUACAAUCACAUCAAUCAGCAAACUUCGGUUGCAGCUGCCGAAGAUGAACAGGCUCAAAAGCAACGUCAACAAACUCUUUUGACAACAAAAUCCUGUGAAACGCCAGCAUCGGCAACCACUCUCUCACCAACGAACUCAUAUAACGGUAGCAUAGGAAGCGAUGGUGGCGGUAGCGUGGGUGGUGGUGCACGACGCAAGUCAUGGACAUUGUCACCGCAAAGUGGUACUUCAACACCCCUAAGUGGGGCUAGGAAAAAGGAGAAGCGAGCAAGUGUAAAAUCACCGGCUUCAUCAACACCAACGACAUCGACGGCUACAGAUUCCUUUAAUCUAUGGAUCGCUCGUGAAUGCUAUGAAACGGUGCCAGCCGAAACAGUGUUUGAAGUCGAUAGCAACCAGGGCUUGGUGGGAUCAGCUAAUUUCACCAUAGAUGAAGAGGCAGACGAAGAAGCAGCCGCAGUUGAAAGUUUAUUGGGGGCAGCAGCAGCAUUGCAUGCUUCAGCCAGUGCCAGUAAAGAAGCUCAGAUUCAGCGUAGACAAAAACAUCUUCGACAACCCCAGCAUAGACCCUUAGAGAGAUCCUGGCCCCCCAGAGCCAUUGGAAGGGAUUUUCGUUUACAGGGUGACGUGUUUAAAUUUGAUAUUUUAGAUACGGAUGACUCCAUGGAUAUAUAUGGUGGUGUUUGUGGCCCCAAUGGCUAUGGCAGUAAUUCCAAUAGCACCAACAAUUCACCUCUCUACUUACUGAACAGUGCAAAUUCCAGCAAUUCCUCAAACUCAAGUCCACAAUAUGAGUUAAAUGCUACGCCCUCUCCCCCAGCAAUGAAGUUUAAGCCACUGAUAAAAAAGAAAAUAGGGCCCGAUAGCUACAUUAAUACGAUAAGUACCAAAAAAGUGCCAGCAAGUGAAACCUACGAGUUUCCGGCAUUUCCCACAAAGGAGAAUACUUCCAAUACACAAUUUCCACAGACGCCUUCAACGUCAGCUUUGAGACAGCACAGACCAUUGACAAGAACACUAUCGAAUGGAAAGUCGGCCUACGAAGAUAGGCAGUCACAUUCACCCAGUCGCCUAAUGCUUUCACCUAAACGUCAUCGUAGCCCACCAUCGGGAUGCUCUACACGCAGUGCUUCCCCAUUAGAUUUUCAAUUGAGUCCGGAUGCCCAAGUUUUAACUUGUGGUCAGCAGCAAAUUUCCGGUAUAGGUAGUGGCACUGCCUCGCCCGUUUUGCAUAGUCGUCCCCAACAAAGACUCUUGAAGCGUGUGGGAGGUGUGGGGGCAGGAGCCGCAGCCUCAUCUGGUCUUAUAUGUCCACCAACUCCAACGCAUCAUGCCAGGCGACAGGCACGUAUGCAGCAAGCUGCCGCAUCAGCAGCUAUGAACAAUAAUCUCGACGAUACUUACAUAGGUACAGGAACACCCAGUGGAGGUGGGGGUGGUUGUGCUGGUGCCUUGGGAGGCCAAACUCACGCUAGUCAUUUAGAUUAUAAUUAUCUUUCCUCACGAACCCCACCUUCUUCGCCAGCUUUUCAUGCGUCUGCCAAUACUCGAAUCUCCGAUGAUCGCUCACGCUCUGCGGAACUCAUGCAUUUGGGAGCCACUGCAGCCGCAGCCGCAGCUACAUCUCACAUAGAAGUGGUGGAUAAUGAUGAAGAUGAUGGAAAUGCCUCAGAUGAUAUGGGAAUUGUCCACAUAACAAGCACCCGAUUGCCUUCAAUACCUGAGAGAGGAGCAGCAGGUGGUCUGUUACGUACUAGUGCCAUAUUUUCAGCUGAAGCUGAUGGCAGCAAUAUCAAUGCAAGCGCUGAACCCUUGCCUCCGGCUUGGGAGGCACGAAUGGAUAGUCAUGGCCGCAUUUUUUAUAUUGACCAUACCACAAGGACCACAUCUUGGCAAAGACCUGGCACCAAUGGUUCUGCCACGCUUAAUGGACCCGCUGGCAGAGAGCAACAUCAUCGCCAGCAAUUGGACCGCAGAUACCAGUCGAUUCGUCGCACCAUUACCAAUGAAAACCGUUCAAAUGCAUCCGCACCUAAUGUUGAUAAUACUCAAACCUCGCAAUCACCACAUGCCAUGCCCCACAAUAAUAAUCACCAAAAUGCACCAUCCAAUUUCCAGCAUGUCUCACUGUCUGUUCACCCAGCUGUUUUAAUGCUAUGCCGUCCCGAUUUUUACUCAAUGCUUCAUACCAAUGAAGAUGCUUUGGCCAUUUACAACCGCAAUACUGCCCUUAAACAUAUGGUUAUACGUAUACGCCGUGAUCCGUCGUGUUUUCAACGUUACCAGUACAACAAGGAUCUGGUGGCACUGGUCAAUUCCUUUGCACAGCUCAAUCGAGAUUUGCCCUCCAGCUGGGAGACCAAAUUGGAUCAAUCAGGGAAACAGUUCUUCAUAGAUCACAACAAUCGGCAAACUUCGUUUAUGGAUCCUCGUUUGCCUAUUGAGUGUCCCCGUAUAAUACGCCAUCGCCAGCAUCAUCCACAGUUCGAUGCCCUUGAUGGCAAUUGUAUGUCGGCGGCAAAUCCUCCUUUGCCUCCACCAAGACCAUCAUCGACCUCAUCGUCAUCGUCGGCGACCAACACCUCAAGACAAAGUCAAUUUUUACAAAACGAUAAUAUGCCUCAUUACACCUCAUCUUCGACAUCCUCAUCGCCCUAUAACAAUGGACCCAGCUCAUCGAAUGCAAUAUCGGCAAAUAAUGGUUACAAUGAAGUUCCUGUGGCCUACAAUGAAAAAGUUAUUGCAUUUUUGAGACAACCCAACAUAAUUGAAAUACUACGAGAACGCCAAGGCCAAAACAACGUUUCGCGAUCCUUGCGAGAAAAAAUUAACAUACUUCGUGUGGAAGGUGUGCCAGCAUUAGAAAGAUUGGCACAUGAUCUACAAUUGACCAUUUUAUUAAGUCUCUUCGAACAGGAAAUAAUGAGCUAUGUGCCAAUCGAAGAACGCAGUCCCCAAGGCUCUCCGGUGCUCAACUCGCGUAUGAUGCAGCGUGCUCCACCGCCAUUCCGGCGUGAUUUCGAGGCUAAAUUGAGAAGUUUCUAUAGAAAACUUGAAUCGAAGGGAUACGGCCAAGGACCUCAUAAAUUGAAAUUACAAAUUCGCCGUACUCACUUGCUGGAGGAUGCCUUCCGACGCAUUAUGUCUGCCAACAAAAAAGACUUACAAAGAGGACGCUUAGCUGUACUCUGGGAUACUGAAGAGGGUCUCGACUAUGGAGGACCAUCAAGAGAAUUCUUCUUCCUGUUAUCCCGUGAAUUAUUCAAUCCCUACUAUGGUCUCUUUGAAUAUUCUGCCAAUGACACUUACACGGUACAAGUGUCGCCACUUUCUGCUUUUGUAGAUAAUUGCCACGAUUGGUUCCGCUUUAGCGGUCGUGUUCUGGGCUUAGCUUUAGUGCAUCAAUACCUAUUGGAUGCCUUCUUCACACGGCCAUUUUAUAAGGCUUUAUUAAGACUUCCGGUAGCUUUAAGUGAUUUAGAAUCAUUGGAUAGUGAAUUCCAUCAGUCAUUGCAAUGGAUACGUGACAAUGACAUUGGUACGGGUAUCGAUUUAGGUCUCACCUUCUGUGUCACCGAAGAGCUUUUGGGGCGUGUGGUGGAACGUGAACUCAAGCCAGGUGGCAAGAAUAUCAUCGUUAAUGAGAAAAACAAAAAGGAAUACCUCGAGCGCAUGAUCAAAUGGCGCCUGGAACGUGGUGUACAAGAGCAAACGGAAUCUUUGGUACGUGGCUUCUAUGAAGUCGUAGAUUCUCGUCUGGUAUCGGUAUUCGAUGCCCGCGAAUUGGAGCUGGUCAUAGCCGGAACGGCGGAGAUAGACAUCAACGAUUGGCGCCUUAAUACCGAAUAUCGAUCGGGUUAUCAUGAUAAUCAUCAGGUGAUCAUAUGGUUCUGGCAGGUCAUUGAGAAGUUUACAAAUGAGCAACGCUUGCGUCUAUUACAAUUUGUCACCGGUACCUCAAGCAUACCCUACGAAGGUUUUUCAGCAUUACGCGGUUCAACGGGUCCACGGCGUUUUUGCAUUGAAAAAUGGGGUAAACCAAAUGCCUUGCCACGAGCCCAUACAUGUUUCAAUCGUCUAGACCUACCACCCUAUCCCACUCCAGAGCUGUUGUAUGAAAAACUUUUACUGGCUGUAGAGGAGACAAAUACCUUUGGCAUUGAGUAAAUCUUCAGUUGUUUUGCUUUUUCUCCAUUCGAUUUAAAUUUCAACUAUGGUGUGUGUGUGAGGCGCAAGAAGAAUUGAAGAAGUUGAGUAAAACAAGUGAAAAACGUGAUAUUUUUAAUGUCCUUUAGUUAUUAUCGAUAUAUAUUCCAAUAUUAUAUUAUAAUGAUUAUAUUUAAAAUAAUUAUUAAAUGUAGAUGUGCUCGUGUGUUUUGUCCAUCUAGUUAAGAUUAUCUAAUUUAAGUAUUUAUUUACAAAGUGAAAUAUUUUUUAUUUUCGAUUACAGCUAUGACUAUAAUUUAUUUGAAAUUAGUUUUUACACAAAAAAAAAAUAUUAUAGUUGGCCAUUUUAUUAGACAUUAUGAUUAUUAUUAUGAUAAUAAUGUGGAUGGACCCAAAAUGUAUAGCAUAGUUGUUGGCCCAUACCUAGUAGUUUGAUACUUUGCCUGACCAAUUGGUAUUUCAAACAUCAUUUAUUCAAAAUAAUCUUUAGGGUUUCUCUGCAAGUUUUUAGCUUUUUGUUCAACCUUUCCGUAUUCUUGUCUUUUUAGUCAUUAGCAUUGUAAGUGAUAUAGGAAAAAAAAUCAACAAAGAAUUAAACAAACUGAGAUGUUUGUCAACACAUUCCUCAUUUUAAGCAAAAUGGUCCAUAGUUACUCGCAAACAUAUUUCUUUAUAGAAUAUUUCCAGAAAUGAUUGGUAGUUUUUGCCAUUUUCAACAUAUAUGCCGGGAAACAUUUCGAUCCUUAUUUUAACGAUUCGCUUUACUAUAUUUAAAGAUGUCAAAUGUUUCAAUUUUUCAAGGAUACAUUUUCUUUCAUAGAAGAUUUUUUACUUUAUAUUAAGAAAUAAUUACCUUCAAAUUUAGUAUAAUACAUACUUAACUUUUAAACUAAAGUUAAAAUAUAGUCUUGCCUUUGAGAAAAGUACAGCAUUGUACCUUAGUUAUGAAAAUAAGCGGUGUUAUACACUGAGGCGGCAGCCCUUCCCGAUGAAAAACUCCAUCGGGUCAAUCCGGUACGUACAAUCGGCUGUCAUGGGAUUGCCAUGGAGUUCGGUGUACUUGGCUACAGCUUUUAACAUGGUCCAAAUUUGAAAAUUAUUUAUAUUCAUAUUGAACUCUCAAUAAUCAUCCAUUAGAAUCCCAUAUUGUUUCGUUUCCUCAAAAAUUAACCCACAUUUUUAUAUAAUUUUCAUAUACUGAUCUCAAACUGCUUUUGUUUGAGCCCCAUCCUGCCCCGUUCGGUGUAUAUGUGCAUUUGGUGUAUAAUUUUGGGGUGGGCGACCCGCCUGGGAUUCUACUUCCAAUAACCUUUCAUUUGAUACCCAUAUUGCCCAAUCGGUAAAGUUGUGAAUUUUUGGACGGUUUUUGGUGUGGGGCGGGCCCCCAAUACUAAAGGUUAAAUUGAUGUAACAAGUUCCUACUCCACUCUUAAAUACCUUUCAUUUGAUACCCAUAUUGUCUCAAUCGAUAGACAUGUCCGUUUGGUUGGGUUUUCGGAUGGGGCGUCCCCCAUGGUUAUUUGACCCCAAAGCUUUAACCAAUUAUGUGUUUUUGGGAUAUCAUAAGUUGAUACACAUAAAUUCACUUAAAUCGAGAUCACCCAUCUCCGCGAUCUGGCGUUUUUGGAAAUUGUGAUUAGGGUGAGUCUCUGCCCCCUCGCGGAUAUCACAAAAUGAAGUACCCUAUUUUAAGCGGGGGCUAAACUCUACAAUCUUUGAAAAUUUCAUGAAAAUCGGUUCAGCCUUUUUGAGUCUAUUUUGAACAAACAAAAAAAAGCGCAACACUUUCAUUAUUAUAUAAUAGAGGUCCUUAUUCUAAAGUCUGGUUUCUCAAUCUGUAAAUCAUUAGCAAAAUCCUUAGGUAAAGGAAGAAAAAUCUUAAAUUUUUGUACUUUCUACCUUAUAAUGGGAGGAAUACUAACUUUGUCAUUCCGUUUGUAACAACUCGAAAACAGAUCUAAGCCAUCAUGAAGCAUUGUCCCCAUGGUUACGACCAGUGGGGCAUAGUUUGGCAGAACUGAUUGAAGGCUCCACAUUCUGCACGGCGAAUGAGAAGGGUGCAGCAGCUCGCCAGAUAUUUCCUUUGUAUCCCUUGUUCUCCUGAAUGACGUAUCUUGGCAAGCCGCCCUUUCUUUAGGAUCUGACCACUUUCCCAUAAUUCUCACCAUCCACCGAGUACCCGACUUCAUAACCUCUGAGCGCCGAACGUUUAUCAAUCAAAACAAGGUCGAUUGGGUCGGCUUCAGAGAGUACACCAAUCGCCGCCUCCCAUCAAACGUGCUAAUUGCCGAGGGGAAAUUCCAAGGCAUCAUUAACGCAUCAUCCGCUCGUUUUAUACCAGUCAGUCGAUUAUCCCAAAUGUGGCCCAAUAUUCCGGCGCAGGCAAUGCUACUCAUAGUCGAGCGUGAUGGGAUUCUUUGCACGGACCCACUAACCCCAGAAUCAGCUAGCUGAAUCUGGCAAUAAACAGGGUAGUCAACGAACAUAAGCGGAAUAUGUGGUUGAAAUUCUUGAAGGCACGGAUAGCUGUAAGCACCACACAGGCUGGUACAUUGAGGUUCGCUUUUCAUUACGUUCACAGGUUGCAAAUAGUGGAAUGCUCCAUACGGGGUAGCUGCAACACAUUCUCCCCACGUGCCACAGUAAUUUGCGAUGAGGUCAAAAGUAGAAACAAAGUCCUCAAAUCACUUACCGGCAGCACUUGGGGUGCUGACAAAGAAACUGGCUAUUUCCUGGUAGAAUAAUAUUCAGAUCUGUCAGAAUGCCGCUCUUCGAACUGCUACGGGCUGUCUCCUCAGUUCUCACGUGGACUACCUCCACCAGAAGUCAACGAUCUUACCCGUGCGAAGACAUAACUACAUGCUGUCCAAGCAAUACCUUCUGGGCUGUUAUCGCAAGGACCAUAGAAAUCAUCAUCUUGUGGAUAGUUAUACACCGCCCAGAAGCCUUGAGGUGGGUGUACAUGAUCUCGAGCGAGAGAAAUCCGGCAGUUCUAGACAGCAUUAUGCAAACACGGUAGCAGAUGCGUUGAAUAGCCACUGGGUUAAUAUGGUCCUUGGAGAACGACUGCCUCCCAUUGCAAAUGCAAAUUUGCCCAUGAACAUUUCAUUAAGGGACAGGGGCAAACUUCGCAAAUAUUAAUGAGUGCAGUCUGAUUCAAACUUAAGCUCAAUGAUAAGGGGCCUCCUUUUUAUAGUCGAGUUCGAACGAUGUGCCACAGUGCGACACCUCUUUGGGGAGAAGUUUUUACAUGGCUUCUAUGCAUGCAUGGAGGGGAAAACCACCGCUGAAAUUUUUUUUUCUGGUGUUCUCGCCAGGGUUCGAACCCGGACGUUCAGCAUAAUAGGCGGGCAUGGUAACCUCUGCCCCUCCAUUGCAUUUAUAGCACACCGCAAUUUGGCUUUAAAAAAAACAAAGUUUUUUAUUUUGCUUUCUAUUCUACAAAGAAUCCAACAACCGAAAUAAAAAGUAACAAAACAACUUAGAAGUUUUUUUCAAGAAACCAUGGAUAAAAACCAAGGUUCUGGACCAAAUGGAAUAUGCCUUUGCCAUCUGUUGUUGUUAUUGUUGUAGCAAUGUGUUAUACACUGAGGCGGCAGCCGAUGAAGAGCUCCAUCGGGUCAAUCCGGUACGUACAACCGGCUGCCAUGGGAUCGCCAUUUGUUGUGUUAACAGUUUUCUAACGUCGAAUAUUCGGGCACCAUCACAUGGUAUAUUCGCAAAGUUUAUAUGAUGCUGAAGCUUUUCUGCAACAAGGAACUGAGUCAAUGUUCGCUUUUCGAAUCGAACGCUGGAUUAAUGUCUUUCAUGUUGUUUUUACAACACUAAUUUAUGGG